AUGCGCAAAUGGAUACUGACAUGGAUCCUGCCAAGUUUGCUCUACAGAUCAUGCUUCCACAUUAUCUGUCUAGUGGGCACUAUAUCUUUAGCUUGCAAUGACAUGACUCCAGAGCAAAUGGCUACAAAUGUGAACUGUUCCAGCCCCGAGCGACAUACAAGAAGUUAUGAUUACAUGGAAGGAGGAGAUAUAAGAGUGAGAAGACUCUUCUGUCGAACACAGUGGUAUCUGAGGAUUGAUAAACGAGGCAAAGUCAAAGGGACUCAAGAGAUGAAGAAUAAUUACAACAUCAUGGAAAUCAGGACAGUGGCUGUUGGAAUUGUAGCAAUCAAAGGAGUGGAAAGUGAAUAUUACCUUGCAAUGAACAAGGAAGGAAAACUCUAUGCAAAGAAAGAAUGUAACGAAGACUGCAACUUCAAAGAAUUAAUUCUGGAAAAUCAUUACAACACAUAUGCAUCAGCUAAAUGGACACACAGUGGAGGAGAAAUGUUUGUUGCCUUAAAUCAAAAGGGGGUUCCAGUAAGAGGGAAAAAAACGAAGAAAGAACAAAAAACAGCCCACUUUCUUCCUAUGGCAAUAACCUAAUCAUAUAUGGCAUAUAAGAAACCAGUUCCAGCAGGGAGAUUUCUUUAAGUGGACUGUUUUCUUUUUUUAUCUUUUCUUUUCUCUUUUUAAAACUAACCAAGAAAGGCUGGAAAACUACUGAAAAACUGAUCAAGCUG